AUGCAUUUGUCAAUGGAUACCCUGGGAAUAGUGGACGAUAGUUGCUUGGACAACUAUGACAUGGCAAAAGGUGCUGGGUCAAGCAGCGGAGGCCGGGUCCACAGUAUCGAUGUCAUACUGGGAUUCACUAAAGACCAGGACCCUUUACUCCAUUCGGUAGGAGAUAAUGACAGCCAAAAAGCCAAUGGAGAAAACCCACAGCACCCUGAAAAACAGAUCCCAUCAGACCCCUACAGGCACCUUCCAGAACUGGGUGACAGCUCCCAACACUCUUCCUACCAUGAAUCUGACCUUUUUUCUGGAGACAAGUGUGAUGGAGAAAUGAGCGACCUGCAGAAGGACAUGGACGUUGCUGAGGAGUCUCCAGAGACCAUAAAAGAGGAAGAGCACACUAAAAAGAAACACAGAAGAAACCGCACCACCUUCACUACCUAUCAGCUUCAUGAGCUGGAGCGAGCCUUUGAGAAGUCCCACUACCCAGACGUCUACAGCCGCGAGGAGUUGGCAAUGAAGGUCAACUUGCCUGAGGUUCGAGUUCAGGUGUGGUUCCAGAACCGAAGGGCCAAGUGGAGACGUCAAGAAAAGAUGGACACUAGCACCAUGAAGCUCCAUGAUUCUCCCAUGUUAUCAUUCAGUCGUCCCCCAAUGCCCCCCAAUGCUGGCCCAGUGGCUAACCCAAUGCCCCUAGAUCCCUGGCUGACCUCGCCCAUCUCCAGUGCCACACCUAUGCAUACAAUUCCAGGGUUCAUCAGCUCACCGCAAGGCCUGCAGCCCGCCUAUCCCAGCCACAGCUUCCUCAACACCCCACCUGGCAUGGUCCAAGGUAUGCAGCCCAUGGGCCCACCUCCCUACCAGUGCACUCCCAGCUUCAAUGACAAAUACCCAAUGGAGGACGACAGGAGUUCCAGCAUUGCAGCGCUCAGGAUGAAGGCCAAAGAGCACAUUCAAUCAAUGGAUAAAACCUGGCAGCACAUGUGAUUUGGUGAGAGGCACUGUGGACUGGGUUUUGAGCCGCUCCUGUGAAUGUUUACAGACUGCUUUUCCACUGUUUGUUUCAUAUAUCAGUGAAGGAUAAAUGACACCAAAGGAGUUUGAAAGUCUGCGUUUUUUUCACUGAUGCUAAUAAGCAACUCUCAAAAUGAACUUCUUGUGAUUAAAAAAUCACCUUAAUUAAAAUGUAAUUAAUUUUGAAUGAACCAUUUUUUAGCCCCAAGGAAAAAUGAUCAAACCUCUUGGUUUGGUUUAACUCAAAAUAUUUGGGAACAGACUUUUUUGUUUGAGUGAGAGAAAAUCCUCAACGUGAAUGUUUCAACACUUUAAAUUUGUGUCAGUGUUAACUCUGUAUACUUCUAACAAAUACUGACAAACUGAAAUACAGUACAGUAUAUGAGAGGCUAAGUAGAGUCAUGUGGUGGGUAGUAGCAACAUUUUUGCAUUUUGAGUUAUUACUUGAUGACAGAUUUUAACACAUUUAUACAAGUUUGCUGUCUUAAUCGAGUGGUAUCCUGACCAUUUCUGUUAUAUACUUUAUCAAAAACAUAAUACCAAUCCUAACUCUGUCUGCAGAUACCUGGAUAUAAGACUGUCCUGCACCCCUGACAUGAUAACAUGAGGUUUACAGUAAUGAUCACUGCACUGAGCUUUGAGGGUGUUUGUUGGUAUCUAGUCCUUUAGAACUAGAUAGUUUUAUUAUAAAUGUAGUUUUUCACCCUGUAUAUCUGCCUGGUUGGGUUUUCUCUUUGUCCAUUUUACUCAGCAGCAUAUCAUUUUCUUAAUUUCACUUUGAUUUGGGUUUAAAGGCAAUAUGAAUGUUUUUUUGUUUUUUUUAUUCAAAUCAUCAAAAUGGCCUUUGGAAAAGCAUGGAGUCCUGAUGGGGGAGGUUAUCGGAAGUCACAGAGUGUAAUCUGGCUUGGAGGCUAAUUUAAACAGACAAGCAUACCUCUUAACACCUAAUUACUGCUUUUAAAGCGAUUAACCUCGGAUUCUUAGCCAUAGACAGAAUGCCCCAGAAAAACCCUUUUCAAGACCUGAUUAACUCCCCUCAAAUUUGCCAAUUUGUAUUAUUUCUAAUUUACUGGUACAGCACUACGUGUCAGCGUUGCUCUUUAUUAUGCAUAGUCUUAAUCUUAAUCCUUACUGGUAAAGGAUGAUUCUCACAGCAUUGUUGACAAAAUAUUCACUUAAGUCAGGUGGACUUAAAGUGAGAAAGUUAAUAGGUGCUGGCAGCCUCUCUUACUUAUGGAAAUAGCACAGUUUGAUGUAACCACUCACAUCACAACUAGAAGGAGGUGACGUUGCACUGACGUUGAUGAGAGACAUAAGGUCAUGGUGGUACUGGGUGUGUCUUUUUUUAUACUGUGUUUGCACUUGGAAUGCGUGCAUUCAAUUGAUGCAUAAGCUCUUGGCUGUUGAAAUAAAUCAAAUUACAUCUUAUUUCAUGGACUUGAGGGAACAGGAACAUGCAAAGAAUCUAUUCAUGUUUUCCUCUAAUUUAUCAAUACCUAAAUCAAUCAAUAUCAAUAGUACCUACCUAAGGGUAACACAGUACACUGCCAAUGCUUUGAGACAAACUUCUGCCACUAAGGGCCACUCUGGACACCAUGAUGAAGUGUAAGGAAGACUUAUCAUCCACACCAUUUCAAAUUUUCAUGAAUUAUCUGUAUUUCAUGGAAUUUUCUAAAGGUCAUGAUAUACAGAUUAUACUGUCAUACACUCAUUGUCAUUUUUAUAGGUUGUGUUGUUUAUUUUGUUAUAGUCCCUGUUGACAACAGUGGACGAAAAGGCCAAAGAAAUAAAAAGGAACAUUUCUUUUUGCUAGAAGAAACAUCUCUAAAUGUGUGUGGAUGUUUUUUUCAUUGGUUUUCAAUAUAAUUAUAUACUAAUUUCUAGUUCUUUCAAGUUUUUAAAUUGUGACAUUCAUAUUUCAUGUGCAAAACACAGAAUAAAGUUGCAGUAGCACUACUGUAGAAGCACUCUGAUUGUGGAUUUUGUUUUUCUUUCCACCCAUCCAUUAGUGAGCCACCAACAUGACUUAGUGCUGUUAAUGAGCGCUGGCGUACAAUAGGCCAUGUAAGCUGUGACAGAGCAAGCUGGCCUGAUGGAGGCCUGUUGUGUCCGCCCAGGCCUGUGGAGCUUUGCCAGGCCGUUAGGCAGAUGAAGCUCCACUCCAUCAGGCCCAACCAGGGGUGUCAGGAGGCCCCGCCUGCUAGGCUCCAGAGGCCACAAGGGCUCAAGCUCUAAUUGCCCUCCAGUAGCCUGUGUGGCUUAACUGCCCCAAUUUAUUUUGGGAUGGAAGUUUGAAUAGCGGUCUGUUUUGUAUCUAAGUACUUGGCAACAGUGUACUAGUAGGUAAACAACCUAAACUUAAUAUCCAUCAAUUUU